GUUCGUCAGUCUGAAAACCUGUGAUGAGAGUUUUAACAAUGGCGUGGCCGUGGCGGGGGGCUACUGCCGUUCUUGCCCCGAGUCCAGAAUCAGAAAACCACCUGUAAACAUCGAGUUGGAGCUUAUCGGCGAUUUUGAAAAGUAAUUUGACGGUUGACAAUGAUACCGGAGAGAGUAUAAAUCUCCGCUGACAGCCUUAUCUACAAACUGUGAAACUACUAGACUGUCGCUGGAAGCGCUUUGCCAUGUCGUUACUGUGUGUCAGAGUGAAAAAAGCCAAGCUCCGUGGACUUCCAGACAAGUUCAACACCUACGUGACGUUGAAGGUGCAGAAUGUCAAAAGCACAACGAUCACAGUGCGGGGGGACCAGCCCUGCUGGGAACAGGAUUUCAUGUUUGAGAUCAACCGGCUGGACCUCGGACUCAUUGUUGAGGUGUGGAACAAAGGCCUCAUCUGGGACACCAUGGUGGGGACGACCUGGAUUCCUCUGAAGAGUAUCCAACAAUCAGAGGAGGAGGGCUCCGGUGACUGGAUCUGUCUGGAUGCAGAGGUCCUGAUGAAAGCAGAUGAGAUAUAUGGCACCAAGAACCCAACGCCUCAUCGAGUCCUGCUGGACACUCGCUUCGAGCUGCCUUUUGACAUCCCAGAUGAUGAGGCACAGUACUGGACAGGCAAGCUGGAACGCAUCAAUACCAUGAGAAUCCAUGAUGAGUACCCUCUUCAGGAUGACGUUCAGAGUCACCCACUGCCAUUUGCGGCCUCCCAGUGCUCUCUGGAUGACCAGGACAGUGCUGUCGACGACCGGGAUAGUGACUACCGCAGUGAGACGAGUAACAGUCUGCCUCCGCGUUACCACACAACAGCUCAGCCCAACUCCUCUGUGCACCAGUAUCCCAUGGGGCCUCGGCAGCAGCAGCAGCAGCACCACCACCACCCAGACUCCUGCACAGACUCUGUCCACAGUUUGGACCUGGACUACAGGGACCAGAGAGGAACCAGUCCAGUGGAAAGUAGUCGCUUUGGGUCAUCAGGCAACCUGAGCCAGACCAGCUCCCAGCUUAGUGAGACUGGCCAGGAGAGUACUGGAGGGUCAGAACUGGAGGAGUCCUUCCACUCCUACCACAGUACCAGCUUUCACCCCUCCGCCAAUGGGCAACCACGCACCACUGAACAUCCUCCUACCAAUGGACACUCUUCUGUCGGUGAGCAGGAGAUACAUAGGCUGUCCCCUAAAGUAGGACAAGGCCUGAAAAAUGACACUCCAGCAGAGAGAGGGUCCUCUAAACUCCUAAGGUUCCAUGAUGAUGGGCCACCAUUACCCUUCUCCCCAUCCAGAGUUCGUUGGUUAAAGGCCAUCAAUAAAGUCAGGGUUCAGCUCCGUGAGGUUCGAGAUGAAGAUCCCCAUGUUAGACAAGCCUGGGUCCAACCAGGUGGCGGAUCUGGUCUGUAUGGAAUUGACAGCAUGCCAGACCUGCGUAAAAAGAAACCUAUCCCCUUGGUCAGCGAUGUGGCUAUGUCUCUUGUCCAAGCCAGGAAGGCGGGGAUUGCAUCUGCCAUGGCUGCCCGGUCCUCAGUCAAAGAUGAGGAGCUGAAAAACCAUGUGUACAAAAAGACACUGCAGGCUCUCAUCUACCCCAUAUCCUGCACCACGCCACAUAACUUUGAGGUGUGGACUGCCACUACACCCACAUACUGCUAUGAGUGUGAGGGGCUGCUGUGGGGAAUAGCCCGCCAAGGCAUGCGUUGCUCCGAGUGUGGGGUCAAGUGCCAUGAGAAGUGCCAAGAGCUGCUGAAUGCUGACUGUCUACAGCGUGCUGCAGAGAAGAGCUCUAAGCAUGGAGCCGAAGACCGGACCCAGAACAUUAUCAUGGCCAUGAAGGACAGAAUGAAGAUCAGGGAAAGGAACAAACCAGAAAUCUUUGAACUUAUCAGGGAAGUGUUUAUCAUCAGCAAAGCCGUCCACGCGCAGCAGAUGAAGACCAUCAAGCAGAGUGUGCUCGACGGCACCUCAAAGUGGUCGGCCAAGAUCACCAUCACAGUCGUUUGUGCCCAAGGACUUCAGGCAAAGGACAAGACAGGAUCCAGCGAUCCAUAUGUCACUGUCCAGGUGGGCAAGACCAAGAAGAGAACCAAGACCAUUUAUGGCAACCUCAAUCCUGUCUGGGAGGAGAAGUUCCACUUCGAGUGCCACAAUUCCUCAGACCGAAUUAAAGUGCGCGUGUGGGAUGAGGAUGAUGACAUCAAGUCGAGGGUAAAGCAGCGUCUGAAGAGGGAAUCUGAUGAUUUCCUGGGCCAGAGUAUAAUUGAAGUUCGAACGCUGAGCGGAGAAAUGGACGUCUGGUACAACCUGGAGAAGAGGACGGACAAGUCGGCCGUGUCAGGUGCCAUUCGCCUCCAAAUCAACGUGGAGAUCAAAGGAGAGGAGAAAGUGGCUCCGUAUCAUGUCCAGUACACCUCUUUGCAUGAGAACCUGUUCCACUACUCGACGGAUAUGCUUGGCCAAGGUGCGGUGAAAAUCCCAGAAGCUCGUGGAGACGACGCCUGGAAAGUCUACUUUGACGACGUGGCCCAGGAAAUAGUGGACGAGUUUGCCAUGCGCUAUGGGAUUGAGUCAAUCUACCAGGCCAUGACGCACUUUGCUUUUCUGUCGUCUAAGUACAUGUGUCCCGGGAUUCCUGCAGUGAUGAGCACCCUGCUGGCCAAUAUCAAUGCCUUCUACGCCCACACAACCGCCUCCACCAAUGUGUCCGCCUCCGACCGCUUUGCUGCUUCCAAUUUUGGGAAAGAACGCUUUGUCAAGCUGUUAGACCAGCUACACAACUCCUUGCGCAUUGACCUCUCAACCUACAGGAACCACUUUCCUGCCAGCAACAAGGAUCGCCUGCAGGAUUUGAAAUCCACCGUGGACCUUCUAACCAGCAUCACCUUUUUCAGGAUGAAGGUCCAGGAGUUACAGUCUCCGCCCAGAGCCAGCCAGGUGGUGAGGGACUGCGUCAAGGCCUGCCUCAACUCGACGUACGACUACAUCUUCAAUAAUUGCCACGAGCUGUACAGCAGACAGUACCAACCUAUUGACACAAACAAGGAGGACCUCCCUUUGGAGGAACAGGGUCCGAGCAUCAAGAACUUGGACUUUUGGCCCAAACUCAUCAUGCUCAUUGUCUCCAUCAUUGAAGAGGACCGAAACUCCUACACACCUGUGCUAAACCAAUUCCCCCAAGAACUGAACGUAGGGAAGGUGUCAGCGGAGGUCAUGUGGACGUUGUUCGCUCAGGACAUGAAGUACGCUAUGGAAGAGCAUGAGAAGCACAGGCUGUGUAAGAGCACCGACUACAUGAACCUGCACUUCAAAGUCAAGUGGCUCAACAAUGAAUAUGUCAAGGAGCUGCCAAACUUCAAGGGCGUGGUUCCUGACUACCCAUCAUGGUUUCUACAAUUUGUGCUACAGUGGUUGGGGGAAAAUGAGGACGUUUCUAUGGAGUUUAUGCAUGGAGCCCUAGAGAGAGACAAAAAAGACGGAUUCCAGCAGACGUCCGAGCAUGCUCUGUUCUCCUGCUCUGUGGUGGACAUCUUCACCCAGCUCAACCAGAGCUUUGAGAUCAUCAAGAAACUGGAAUGUCCCGACCCUAACGUCAUGGCUCAGUACAGUCGCCGCUUCUCCAAGACUAUUGCCAAAGUUCUUCUCCAGUACAGCGCCAUUCUGACCAAGAGUUUUCCGAUUUAUGUUGACAAAGAGAAGAUUCCAUGUGUCCUGAUGAAUAAUGUGCAGCAGUUAAGAAUCCAGCUGGAGAAGAUGUUUGAGUCGAUGGGUGCCAAACAGAUGGACACUGAGGCGAGUGACUUACUGAACGACCUGCAGGUGAAGCUGAACAAUGUGCUGGAUGAGCUGAGCAGUACAUUUGGGAACAGUUUCCAGAGCCAUAUCAACGAUUGUAUGCGACAGAUGGCGUCUCUGCUGUACCAGAUCAAAGGGCCGCUCAACGCCAACAACAAAAACCAGGUGGACGCCGACUCUGACAACAUGCUACGGCCACUCAUGGAUUUCCUGGAUGGAAAGCUCACACUGUUCGCCACUGCAUGUGAGAAGACCGUAUUGAAGCGUGUGCUCAAGGAGCUGUGGAGGAUCGUAAUGAGCAGCCUGGAGAAGACCAUUGUCCUGCCACAGGGCAACGAUACCUUUGGAGCACAGAUUCUCUCAGCUGCAAAAGAACUGGGUCAGCUCUCCAAACUCAAGGAUCACAUGGCGGGGGAGACUAAAAGCCUGUCUCCCAGGCAGUGUGCUGUCAUGGAUGUGGCACUGGACACUAUCAAGCAAUACUUCCAUGCGGGAGGCAACGGGCUGAAGAAGGCGUUCCUGGAGAAGAGCGCCGAGUUGUCCUCGCUACGCCACGCUCUGUCCCUCUACACUCAGACCACCGACACACUCAUCAAGACCUUUGUGACCACCCAACAUGCACAAGGUUCAAGCGUGGACAAGCCAAUAGGUGAGGUGUCUGUCCAGGUCGAUCUGCAAACUCAGCCUGGGAGUGGGGAGCGGAAAGUUACCGUCAAAGUCAUUGGAGCCAGUGAUUUAAAAUGGCAGACGUCGGGCAUGUUCCGACCCUUCGUGGAGGUCUCCAUGAUCGGGCCUAACCUCAGCGACAGGAAACGCAAAUUCCAGACCAAAUCCAAGAAUAACAGCUGGUCUCCCAAGUACAACGAGACCUUCAGUUUUGUCCUGGGGAACCAGGAUGGCUUUGAGUGCUACGAGCUGCAAGUCUGCGUCAAGGACUACUGCUUUGGCCGCGCGGACAGCGUGGUCGGCCUGGCCGUGAUGCAGUUAAAAGACAUCGCGGGGAAGAGCACCUGCGCGUGCUGGUGCCCGCUCGGCCAACGCAUCCACAUGGACGACAAGGGCCUCACCGCCAUGCGGAUCCUCUCGCAGCGCUCCAACGACGACGUGGCCAAGGAGUUCGUGAGGCUGAAAUCGGAGACUCGUUCGGCCGAGGAGGGCAGAUGAGGGGAGCUGGAGACGGACGGAGAAGACCGAUGGAAAGGACGCAAGGUCUCCGGAUUCCGCGACAAAGAGAGGGAUCUCAGGCGUCAAAAAGGCAGGAUACACGUUUUCCGUCUUUCUGUGUCUUAGCUGCUAGUUGACUGUUUGGUGGCGCCUCGCCAAGCUCGCCGACACACUGUCACGUUCACGCUCUGGGUAUUUUGGACAACCGCUCCCUUUCCGUGUUCCUCCAACACCCACAUGAAUAUACCGAGCCACUGUACAGCACCCCAACCACGCACUCGCCAGCUGUUUCCGCCAGGCAGUGACCGACUAAUCUGUCAGUUAACUUUUCUUAAACCCUUCCUUCCUCAUCAGCUGGAGUGGCACCAUGUGCACGCCACAGCCUCAGGGAAACAGAGGAUGCCAGGCCCCGCUGGAGGGGCCAAACAUGUUCCCACACCUCCCCAGUGUUGUCGUGCAAUAACCCCACCUAAACCCCUCUAACCGUGGCUAUGUGUUUGAUGCCUUACACCCUGCAAACUGUGAAUGUGUGAAGUAACAAAAAAACUGUCUUUUGAAGGCCCCAAUUCUGUAGCUCCACUGUGAUUUACUCGUAAAUGUGAAAAGACGGUGUGGUUUAUCUCAUAAAGGGUUUUUUUUUUCGUUUGAAAGAAUGGCUGGUAGCUAGGAUACAGUCCCAGUUCUGUCUGUCAAUUAUUGAAUAGAAGAGGGAAGUGGAGCUGAUGAAAUAUUGUGCUUGUUUCAUAAGUUGAUCCUGUACAGCUAAUGUUACAAGAGAAGGUACUUCAACGAAUAACCCUUAAUUGUACCCCUUAAUUUAAAGGAUUGAUAAGUUAUAAACGUGUGCCUUGCCAUAUUAUUAUAUUCCCAUUCCUGUUUCCCUAGGAACGAUACUAGCGAUAUGAUCAGUAUAUAAUGAAAGUGGUAAAGUCAAGAAUAAUAAUGAUUUUAAAUCCAAACGAUGACCAACAGUUAAAGGUGAACCCUGCUUUUGGCCAUAUUUAUUUCUAAGUACAAGCUCCAUCGACAACACUCUUAAGUGUAACCAUGAGGGUGCAGCCAUUUUAUUUAUUUUUUUAUACAUAUUUAUUGUCGUCUGUGCUUUUCAAAGCCCAAGAAUUUAAAAUGUCGUUUACUGCCGAGGACAGACGCGUUUGCCAGAACGGUGUGUUCGAGGAUUUGCACAGCGGUUAGCGCAAAUGAGUUGCUGCCGCGGAAACUGCAGUUUGGACGAGAUGACUUAACGCCCUCAGAAUAAAGUGACAUGGUAGUGUUUGUUUGGAAAUGGAUACCAUACUGUAGUUGGCGACCUGUGCCCUUGACUGACAAACAGUGAUAACUGUCUAUUAGAAUUUAAAUUUUAUAGUUAAGAAAUAUUACAUGUUGAACUUUUCAAGUAACAACUUUUUCUUCCAAAAAGAAAAAUGGAUAUCUGAACAUAAACACAAACUCCUCAGUUGAUAAGGAGUGUAGAUUUUUGGUUUACAUAUAUGUUCCUGCUCUGUCUAGGAGUGUGGCCUUACUUUUGGUGAAAAAAACAGUGUAUUUAUCUUUAUCUUUAUAAUAUAUAUUUUUUUUGUAUCCUUGUAUUUCCUUUGGCUCUCAGCAAUGAGGACCGGCCACUUAUUUGCCCGUAACGAUGUCAAAUACGUUUUCCCGAGUGAUGUUCCUUAUCAUUUUGUACUUUUUCAUCUUUGAUGAUAUUGGAAACGUAACUAUAUCUAGACUGGCUUUUCUUUUCAGUCCGUUUUUAUAUUUUGUGUUUAUGUUCCUUAUGAUGCUUUGGAGACAUUUUCCCUUAAAUCCUCCUUUAAUCGUUUGGAGUGAUGUCAAUCAAAUUAUGUUUUAUGGACGGACGUAAUAUACAAUGAGAUAUGUGCCAGUGAAUUAGUGUUCAUAAAUGAUGAAAGAAUAUUAAAAUGCUACUAUUAAUGAAGGAUAGAUAUUGCUAAGAACCUCAAUGUGUGCACAUUUUUAAAGUGAUCACUCAGUAGAAACCACUUUGUUUCAGUACAUCAUCCCUCGUUAAAACGUUUCAUAGCCAUUCUUUGUUAUACAUGCUCCCCGUGCCAAGUUACAAGUUUGAAAUUUUUGAUGUUUUUUUUUUUUAUUUCUGUAUUUUCUAAAGUUGUUAACCCUUGCACCAUCACUAAAUCACUGCAAUAGUUAACAAGUACAGUAUAUGAGUCGCAGUAACUGCAUUUCUGUGGUGUUUUCUUUGUAUUGUCACAACUCUGAAAUGUUGUCACCAUGUAAACGUUGCGAUGAGUGACUUUUGU